AGCGCAUAUUCUCAGCAUCUAGGGCUCCUAUAUAACUACGUCUUGUCUUCACUGCGUAAUAGGUAUCGCCGACGAGUAACAGCAUAAAAAAAAAAGAAUCGAGAAUGGAGCAAACUUUCAUUAUGAUCAAGCCCGACGGCGUCCAGAGGGGUCUGGUCGGUCAAAUCAUCUGCAGGUUCGAGCAGAAGGGUUUCACUUUGAAAGGUCUAAAGUUGAUCACAGUGGACCGUCCUUUUGCUGAGAAACACUACCAAGAUUUGUCAGCUAAGCCCUUCUUCAGUGGCCUUGUUGAUUACAUAAUCUCUGGUCCAGUCGUUGCAAUGAUCUGGGAGGGAAAGAACGUUGUGUUGACGGGAAGGAAGAUCAUUGGAGCAACCAACCCUGCAGCUUCUGAACCAGGAACCAUCCGUGGGGAUUUUGCAAUUGACAUUGGCAGGAACAUUAUCCAUGGUAGUGACUCUGUUGAUAGCGCUAACAAAGAAUGUGCGUUGUGGUUCCCUGAUGGACCUGUGAACUGGCAGAGCAGCCUCCACUCUUGGAUCUACGAAUGAUUCCAUCGUUUUUGUGAUUCAAAACAUGUUUCUCCACUGUUAUUGCUGUUAUCUCUGUUGCUUUCCACCUUUUCAUCUUUGUUUUGAAGUUUGAAUCUUAAAACAUGACUUUGCUUUUUUUU